CUCUCGACUACCAACUGAAAGGAAAAGCUGUUAUUGAUCACAUAUUGCUUUAACUGAGCUUAGUCAGGCUGCAUGUUUGGCGUCUGUGGGACCGGCUCUUUGAUGUAGGCAGGCUGAUCACAGAUCAGAUACACGCGCUUCAAUCCAAGCCACCCCCAUCUCCCCGCCUUUGAUCUGAGCGCUGUAGUCCUCGAGCUGCUGCUGCUGCUUCUCUGUGUUGUGCUGGGUUGGAGCAGCAGCGCUGACAUGGUGAGCGGACCGGUGCGGGAAACACACCACCACACCUCUCACCGGUCUGCUUUCAACUUUUAACAACCAAUACUUUGAUCAACAGGCUCAUUUUUUAGCAGCUGCAGGCCACCAGUGGCUCAUCAAAAUGGUCUGCUGGAUCCUUCAACACACCUUCUCACUUCUAACAGUGCAUGUCAUAUAUUCAACCCUGAUUUCUGCGCGGGCCGAGGAGGAGACCAGAGAAUGCAGAGAACAGGAGUACAAGGAGCGGUUUGGGAACUGUAAACCCUGCAAGCAGUGUGAUGCAGGACAGGAGCUAUCAAAGGAAUGUGGCUUUGGUUAUGGAGAGGAUGCCCGGUGCGUGCCCUGCCGGAGCAGUCGCUUCAAGGAGGACCGGAGCCUGCAGAAGUGCAAACCCUGCCUGGACUGUGGACUGAUCAACCGCUUCCAGAAGGGCAACUGUUCCACCACCAGCAAUGCUGUGUGUGGCGACUGUCUGCCGGGAUAUUACAGGAAGACAAAAUUAAGUGGUUUCCAAGACAUGGAGUGUAUACUCUGUGGGGACCCUCCACCUCCUUAUGAGCCUCACUGCAGUGGGCGUGUGAACCUGGUGCCUCUACCCUCGGUGAUGACCAGCCCGCGGGACAUGGCCCUAGCUGCUGUCAUCUGCAGUGCUCUGGCCACUGUGCUUCUGGCCCUGCUGGUCCUUUGUGUCAUCUAUUGCAAGAGACAGCUGCUGGAGAAGAAGCCCAGCGCGGCCUCUCUGAGGUCCCAGGAUUGUCCCUACAGUGGAGCAGAGCUGUCCUGCCUGGACCCACGCUGGCUUCACGACUUUCCCCAAAGACCCUGCUGCCAGUGUCACCUGGUGCAUGGACACACCUGUGGUCCAGUCCACCUGAUCCCAUCUCUGUACUGUGAUGAAAGCUGCAGUCUGGGCCGCAGCUUGAACAACAGUCCUUUCCAGUCCCAGAUGAGCCUCAGUGACGGAAAUGCCCAUCAGGAUGAGGAGGGCACCCCGAUGCAGCUGAGAGGACACCCAGAGUCUGUCUGCACAGAGGCCGGUGGGAUGAGAGAGAGUUUAGAGCCUGCAGAGUGUUUUGGGCUGCCUCACUGCAACUCUGAACCUGCAGGGAGAGUGGAGGUGGAAGAAGAAGAAGAAGAAGAGGGGGAUGAAGAGGAAGGGUGCAAGUCAAGGCAAAAUUUACCUGAGAGGUCCAGACAGAGACACAGUGAAGCUGGGACAGAUGCACUUCUUCCCAAACAGCACUCAUCAAGUUAGGAAGGAUGUCAUGGAUUUCUUUGGCUUGUGCUCCACCCUUGAACCACCCUGGACCCAACAACAGUCGCGGCCAGAUCCCAUAUCAGAUUACACCCCCCCCUUACAGACUAGCAGCAACCACUCUCAAGUGUGGUCGCUCCUCCUCUUCGAAAGGCCUGCCGCUGACCUCAGAGCCCCUCGUCAAAGGCUCAAGACAGAAUAUGUACAUAAAUGCAACAAAAGCACUGCUGAGGUAAAGCAAAGCACGAGGGCAAAGUGAUAUACACACACAAACACACACA